CUUGGGCGAAGGAAAGAUGGCGGGGGCGUCACUAAAGGACCCGGAAGCACUUACCCUCCACUUCCUCCUCCUGUUUGGCUUCUGUCUCACCUAGAGCCGUCCGGUCGCAGAGUGUCUCCGAGACGCUUCCUGUCCGGAUCACCAUGAUUCUUCAGAGAUUCUUCAGGUGGUCCUCUGUUCUUCAGUCUGCAAUCUCAGUCUCUCUGAGGAGGAACAUUGGUGUCACAGCAGUGGCGUUUAAUAAGGAGCUUGAUCCUGUGCAGAAACUCUUCGUGGACAAGAUUAGAGAAUAUAGAACUAAGCGCCAGACAUCUGGAGGUCCUGUUGAUGCUGGCCCAGAGUAUCAGCAAGACCUAGACCGGGAGCUUUUUAAGCUUAAACAAAUGUAUGGUAAAGCAGACAUGAAUACGUUCCCUAACUUCACGUUUGAAGACCCCAAGUUCGAAGUUGUCGAGAAACCGCAGUCUUGAAGCAGUAAUGUAAAACUGAUCUGGUAAUUUGUCCUAGUUGAGCUGUACAACUACCCAGAAGUAACAGAAUAAACACACAUUUCACAGCUGUCAAA